AUGACGCCCUCAGGAGAAAACAUCUCCAGUCAUGGCGCCUCGCGAUCAGAGCCCAAUGCCUCCACCUCCACCUCCCAACUCGCCAGUCCUGAAGCGCUGCAGGAACUGACAGCCCGGCUGAAAUCUGGACUGAGGACAUAUCCAGAUUUUCCAAAGAAAGGCAUUUUGUUCGAAGAUAUCCUUCCUCUAUUUUCUUCUCACAACCUCCACCAAGAUCUUAUCCGGGCAUACGAACUACUCGUAUUGGACAGCUUCGGCCCUGAGAAUACUCCCGAUGUCAUCGUUGGACUCGACGCAAGGGGUUUCCUCUUUGGACCGACGCUCGCGCUACGACUGGGAGCGGGUUUCGUGCCAGUCAGAAAAGCUGGAAAGCUUCCCGGUAAACUUGAGACAGCAGAAUAUCAGAAAGAGUACGGCACCGAUACCUUCGCCAUGCAAAGCGACGCGAUUUUGCCGGGCCAGAAAGUCCUCAUUGUCGACGAUCUUAUCGCCACCGGCGGCUCUGCAGCAGCAGCCGGUACUCUGGUAGAGAAAUGUGGGGGAGUGUUGCUCGGCUACAUCUUUGUCAUCGAGCUCACCUUCCUCAGAGGCCGGGAUAAGCUCAACGCCCCCGUUUAUUCGUUGCUGGAAAGUCAAUCCGAAUAG